CAUGGGCAUUACAAGAGGAAGAGUGGGCUGCCAAAAAAUGUGACCUCUCCCAUCUAUUCUUGAACUGAAACAUGAAGUUAGUUACGCAUACUGUGGGUCCAAAAAGUUGUCAAAACUUCAUAGCUUUGUCAGUGUCUCAGCAGGUUUACUAGGUCUCCCGCCAUUCAAGCUCCUGUGCAGUGCACAUUUCAUUUCCGACCCCUGCUUAGUUUUCCUGAAACUGGACGCCGGGGCUGAUUAAUAAAACAUCCUUUAUGUGCUGCUGGCCGAUCACCGGAGCCCUUUCAGCUGUAUAAGUGGUGAAAGGCGACAUAAUCUUACCCAGAACAAGAUCUGGACUGAGAUUGAGAGACGCGCACAACAGAGAGAAGGGCACACAACAGGAGGAGGACCACAAGAAAAAAAAAAAAAAAAAAAAACAAAGAAAAAAAAGAAGAGGAUGAGCAGCAUGUUAAAACCCCAGCAGCACGGUGAGCUACUCCUACGAGACUCUCCGCCGGUUUUUGGGAAGCCGUGGUACUGGCAGCGCAACAGCGGCACCAUGGAGAGCACCCGCAGCCUGGCGCAGGUCAUUAUGGAGAUGCGCGAUGAAAUCAAGAAGCUGGAGGCGGAGAACAGAGAGCUGCGUGGGGACUACGGUCGACGGUCAUUUGGGGCCGUGCCAGGGGAAACUAGCCCGGCGUCUUCGACGGUGGAGAAGCGGAGUGGAGGAAUGGAGGAAAACCCUUACGUUAACCUGAGACGGAAUGUGUCCGCACCGGUCCUGGAGGGACAGUACAAGGAGAACACUGUCAUGACUGUCCGAAGAUACUCCAUGGGCUCAAACCUGUCUGGGGUGACCAUGAGAGAGGGAAGGACCGACAGGGUGCGGCGGAGUGACUCUGGAUGGGGAAGGCUACAAGAGGAAAUCCAGCAUGGGAACGGCGUCUUUGGAAACCCAGCGAGAGGAGAAGUGGGAAAAGUUACUAACAGGCACUCUCUGCAGGAAUAUGUCCACAAAAACAGGGCCAAGGUAAAAACUGUGACCUUCCUUCUACCCGUGGAUGACAUUUACACCAACCGUCCAGUUCUGACCAAACACCAGGAGGAGCCUAAAAUCACUGAGCUGGCCUCCAUAAUUGAGACUGAUUCUUGAAAGAACUUUUAAAUACUGUGGAUGUGGCCACGGGACAAAAUGCAGACAUGAACUGAGCCUCUGUGGUCUGAACCUGGUUACACCUCUUCAUCUAGGUCAGUGUAGAUUGGGCUCUUAAUGAGCAGGCCAGCAGACCGAUUUUAUCACACCUGGCCACACAAACAGAAGACUCUGGUUACAGGUGUUGUUUUCAUCUGGCCAUGGCAAUCCAGGCCCGGUCAACAGUGAUGAGACACAGGGGCACUCUGCGGCGAGGAUCGGAUGUCUUAGAUUCCUCUUCCCUACCCGGGGUGUUGUUUUGGAGUGAGACACCUGCAGGUGACAGCCCUUUUAAGGCCAGCUGUGGUCACAGACGUAGGCCUCGUGAGCAACAUCAGACUCAUUACUUAAUCAUCCUUGUUUCUUUUCACAUUGUAAACUGAAUGGGGCGGUUGAGGGACUAUGUGUGUGUUUAUUUCAGUGCUCAUAAAGAGUGUAUUUUUUAGUCAAAUCACACAUUGUAGUCUCUGCGUUUAUGCAUGGAAGGCUCAUUGUAAAUAAAGCAGUGUUUAGCAUACCUAUAUGUAAAUUAGACACCUUGUAAGCUAUUACCUGUGUCAUAUACAGUGUUAUGUGUUGUUUUGACAAAUUUAAAGAAGCUCAUUUAGUGUUACAAUUAUAUAUCCCUCAUAUCCUUACAGUGGGUCAGUUUAAAGUUUCUAAAUAAUACAGUAAUAUCACAUUUAAGUAUUUAUAGGACUGGAUAUACAGCUUCAUUUUGAGUUGUACUUUCAGAUAGAGGUUAAGUGGCUAGUGAAGUUUACAUUUUCUGUAUUAAUGUUUCUCUUCGAUGCUUUGGUGCUUGGAUAUACCACAGAUCUGUCUGGUUUGAUAGCAUGAAAACAAAAGCAAAGCCUCUU